ACUCCUUGAGUAUCAUAUGCUUCCCUCUUUCAGCAGUGACUCUCAUCCUUCAAUUUCUCUCUCUCUCUCUCACACACACACACACACGCUCCCUCUCUCUCUUUCUCUCUCUUCUCUCUCUCACACACAUACACAUACCAAAUCGUUUCAAAGCAGAGAAGACUCAAAACCCCGCAAUUAACUGACCCUUCUUCUUCGUCCAUCUUUCAUAAAAUCGAUUCAGGAAUCAGGCAAACCACAGCUUCCACUUUCACAGAAGCAAAUCAUCUCUCACACUCGAAGAAAAAAAAAAAAAGGUCGAAUCUUUACUACAGCUGCAAAAUCGUGUUCAUACUGUAACUACAGCAAAGUAGAGAUGGACACCAAGUCGUUAAGAUUCAUAACCCACCAAUCAUUCUUCUCCGCCGUCCGAUCCAACGAUCUCGAUUCCAUCAAGAAACUCAUCCACAGUGAAGGCCCCGAUCCAUCUUCUCUGUUAUCCCUUCAGAACGAUGACAGGGAAACUGCCCUGUACGUAGCCGCAGAGAAUAACUUCCUCGAUGCUUUCGUCUAUUUGCUGGGCUUCUGCGAUUUGCAGACCGUUAUGAUUAGGGCCAAAUCGGAUAUGGAUGCCUUCCACGUGGCAGCUGCAAGGGGGCACCUUGGAAUCGUGAAAGAGCUUCUUAAGAAAUGGCCCGAGCUUUGUAAAGUGUGCAACGCUUCGAACACGAGCCCUCUUUAUUCAGCUGCAGCGCAAAACCAUCUACAAGUAGUGAAUGCCAUAUUAGAUGCUGAUGUCAGCUCGAUAAGAAUUGUGAGGAAAAACGGGAAAACUGCGUUGCAUUUGACUGCGAGGUACGGCUUGUUGGAUAUGGUGAAGGCACUAAUCGAGAGGGAUCCGGGAAUUGUGGCGAUUAAAGAUAAGAAGGGGCAAACUGCUCUGCAUAUGGCUGUCAAAGGUCAAGAUACUUCUGUGGUUGAUGAAUUACUCGAAGCCGAUCAUUCGAUAUUGAACGUACGUGACAAGAAGGGAAAUACGGCUUUGCAUAUCUCCACUCGGAAAAGCCGUGCUCAGAUAGUUGCCCUUUUGCUAACGUACCGAGCCAUCGACAUCAACGCAAUCAACAACCAAAAUGAAACCGCAAUGGACAUAUCCGACAAGCUCCAAUACGGGACCCACGCCCUCGAAAUCUCCGAAGCCCUCACGGAAGCCGGCGCAAAAAACGCCCGACACAUCGGCCAAUCGGACGAAGCCUCAAUAGAGCUCAAACGAACCGUGAGCGACAUCAAACACGAAGUCCACUCCCAACUCAUACAAAACGAGAAAACUCAAAGACGAGUCUCCGGCAUAGCCAAAGAGCUCAAAAAAAUCCACCGAGAAGCCGUCCAAAACACAAUCAACUCAGUGACAGUUGUCGCCGUCUUAGUGGCCUCCAUCGCCUUCCUCGCCCUAUUCAACUUACCGGGUCAGUAUCUGGAUCACGGGUCGGAAACGGGUCGGGCGAAUAUAUCCAAAACCGUUGCUUUCCGGGCUUUUUGCCUAUUGGACGCAACUGCCCUUUUCAUAUCUCUUUCCGUCGUUGUGGUUCAAAUAACGCUAGUGGCGUGGGAUACGAGUGCGCAGAAGAGAGUUGUUUCGGUGGUGAAUAAGCUAAUGUGGGCCGCGUGUAUUAGUACGUGUGGGGCGUUUUUGUCAAUUUCGUUUGUUGUUGUGGGGAAGAAGAGCUCGUGGAUGGCUACUACUGUGACUGUGGUGGGCGGUCCGAUUCUUGUCGGGACUUUGAUGAGUUUGUGCUAUUUUGUCUUUAGGCAGCAUUUUGGCGGCAGUGAUUCUCAGAGAAGGAUUAGGCGUGCGAGCGGGAGCAAGUCCUUUUCAUGGUCUUAUUCUGCGAAUAUUUCGGAUUUGGAUGAAUAUAAUUCGGACGACAAAAUUUAUGCGUUGUGACGACGAAAAAAAUAAAAAUCGAUGUUUCCGACUUUUCGCGAGGUGUUGUGCUAGAAUUUGGAGAUCUUUUUAUGGCUAUUGUAGUAAAAUGGGGUUAUUUUGGUAAGUGUAUUAAAGCAUAGUUUUUAUUCUACGUUGUGAAAUAUAAAAGAAGUCUGUUGUAUAGUCUUUUUGUCUACAAACUUUGUCGAUUUUAAUAUAAAUACUGACUUCAUA